UUUAAGGUUAACUAACCGCUCUAAACAAUGGAGUUUUUCGUCUGGAAAUCUUGAAUUGCCAAAGCGGUGAUCUAUCGCUUAGUGACGCCGGGUGAAGCCCAGCUCAGCGAGGCCGGACUGGCCUAGAUUCUGACGGUUUUAUUCUGGUGAAUAAAACUUUUAUUCAACAAGAACUCAACGCACUCGAAUCCGAUUGGUUCUGAGGAGUCACAUGCCGUUUUACACCAAUCAAAGAGAACAUGGUAAUUUAUAUUAAAAAAAUACUCCAUGUCUGUAUGUCUCCGCCCAGAGCGGCUCUCUCCCCUUCCCUCUUGAUAGGCAAAUGAAGCUCCUCGUCAGCGUGACCGCAGGGAGUUGAAUUGAGAGGGAAAAUAUUUGGGAAAAAUCCAUUGAUUUUGUUUUGGCAAAAUGGAGAAAACACAGCUUAAUGGGACAGGCAACAUCGAAGAUACCCGUCCAAAAUCCCAGGAUCGAGGGCUGUAAAGUGCAUCGAAUUCGUAACAAAUCGUUGUCGUCAGUUUGCAUCCUCUCUCGGACUGUGGGAUUUCCAGCUUUUGGUAUCCAGGCAAUAGCAAUAUUGUACAAUUUAAUACUAUUUCAUUUUGCCCAUUUCAGGCAAUGUCGUCAUUUAGUUAACGAGUUAUCUUAAAUUGAUGCACAUCAACGGAAAUGGAUGCUGUAAUGUACUACAGGGAUUGCUAAUUCUUCACGAAACGCACAUUACCUCCAAUCGGGAUGGCAUCGUGGGGAACGACAGCUUUCAUCAUCUUGCACUGGGUGUUGCAAUAUGUGGUGUGUCGCGAGGUCACCGUUCCCCCUGGGCCCCUGUACCGAGUGGCUGGGUUCCCACUCUCCCUGCCCUGCUCGGUGUCGGGAUACGAGGGCCCGCGCACGCAGGACUUUGAGUGGUACCUGUACCGCGAGGACGGGAGCGGGCAGCAGAUGGGGGUGGUGUCCACACGCGACAGAGGGUUCCCCUACGCCCCCUUCCAGCCGCGGGUGCGCUCGGGCGAGGUACGGGUGGAGAGGGACUCCGGCGACCGGGCCAGGCUGGUGAUACAGAGGCUGCGGCCAGAGGACCAGGGCCGCUACGAGUGCUACACGCCCAACACCGACUCGCGCCACCUGGGCAACUAUGGCGCCUCUGUCACCGUCAAAGUGAUCCCCGACACCCUGCAGAUCAGCCACUCCCGCUCCCUGAGCGGCCAGCCGCUGGCGGAAGGGACCGAGCUGCAGUUGACCUGCGCCGCCGGCGUCCGGUCGGACCAGCACACCCACCUGUCCGUCACGUUCGGCGUGCGGGGCGGCGCCGGGACCGCGGCUGGCCCUGGGGCGGCCAACGGCGGCCAGGGCCACAACCUCAGGGAGAUCAUCUCCAUUGGGCGGGAGCUGGGCGUGGCCCCCGGGCGGAGCGGCGACUACGAGAAGCGGUACGGGGACGGGGAGAUCACACUGGAGAAGAGGCGGGGGAACGGGGAAGGCGACCGCGACCUGUACGUGAUGAAGAUGGCCGCCGUGGCCCCCUGGGACUCCGGGGCCUACUUCUGCGAGGCCGCCCAGUGGAUCCUAGACCCGGAGGGGCGCUGGGAGAGGAUUGCACAGAGGACCUUGGAGCUGGGGAACCUGACCGUGCAGCCUUUAGCCGACACCCUGACCGUCACCACGAACCCGAGGGGAGAGGUGACGCUCCCGGUGGGGUCGCCCCUCAGCCUAACCUGUGAGGUGGGCGGGGCCGGGAUGGGGUCCAGCUCUGCCCUGCUGGUGCGAUGGAUGAGGCGGGGUUCGGUGGGCGUCAGGGACGGGGUUGGGGGCGGGCCGGAGGUAGAGGUGGCCCGGAUGGGGCCUGAUGGGGUGGUCAGCUGGGGCGACGACGCCAGCCGGGGAGGGGGCGGGGCCAUGGAGAAGGAGGCGGAGGGCAGGUACUCCCUCCGGCUGUUCUCAGCGCACCCCGCGGACUCGGGGGUGUACCGGUGUGCGGUCAGCGUCUACGCCGGGAGCCGCAGCCCAGGACCCUACAGCCCUGCCACCGUCACACAGAGGUCGGACGGGGUGAGGGUCAACCUCAAGGCCAAAGAGGUGCGGGUGUUGUCGGUGGCUGAGCUGGCCCGCGGGCCCCUUCUGAAACGCGGCAACACCGUUUCUCUCCUCUGCAACGUUUCCGUGACAACCACAGGCCCUUCCAGGGUAGAGGUCCAGUGGCUGAUGAGCAGAGAGCCCCCCAACACCGCAGUGGAAAAGGCGGUGAGGCAGGAGGCGAGCGGGAGAAGGCUGCUGGCCGCGCUGACAUAUGACGGCCUGUCCCGCCUCUACAGCAACGGGAGCGACGUCAGCGUGGACCAGCUGUCGCCCGGCUGCUACAGGCUGCGCAUUCACACCGCCGGCCUGGAGGACCAGGGCCACUACGUGUGCCUGGCGGAGGUGUGGGGGCAGGACCCGCACGGAGGGUGGUACAACACGGGCGCGAGGGCGGAGUCGCCCAGCGUGCGCGUCUACCUGUACGCUCGCGCAACCGACCUCCUCCUCAUCCCCCUGGUAGUGGGUGUUUCCUCAGCACUCUUUGUGGGUGUGGUCAUCAUUGCCACGGUGACCUGCUGCUUCAUGAACCGAUUGGCCAGGCAGCGUUCUCAGAAGUAGGAAGGAGGAAAACCUGGGUAUUUCUGAAGGGUAAAGGGAGGGGGAUUUUUAUUUCUCCCAAAUUCAGAAUGAGGAAGCCCCAAAAUGAAAAUCUAGCAUGCUAUAGCCUACUUGAAUAACAAGAAAUGAUAAAAUGGAGAUUGCUCAGUACAUGAAAUACUUUAUUCAACAGCAUACAUUUCGCAUCCAGAGCAACCUCACUGUUUUAGUUCCAGCUGAGGUCAAUUAAUUGAGUUUGAUUGAGCUUUUAAUUGCGUAACGAUCUGAAUUUGGCAUCACUUGACAGCUGUCGGCUCUAAAUACACUGUGGAAGAAGUAUGUAGUUGUGUUUCUGCUCCCGAUUAGAUUGAUAUUUCUCAUUUUUUAACAUCUUUGGGCCAUGGUCUGAGUUGAUUAAAAUUACAGGGUUCCCAAACCAGAAGUCAACUGCGACAAUUCCUUUGUAAAUACUGUCAUUUUUGCAUUGCGUGCCGAUUCCAGAAUUGUUUUAAAGCAAAAACUUUUGGCUCUGGGUUGUUCCUUGCAUACAGAUGGAUUUCUGUCCUUGCAGGAUAAUAACUAUCAAGCCAAGCCAAAACCAAACAAAGUCAGGCUUUAACAGCAGUGGCUGUGUGGAAAACACCAUUGACUUCAUGUGACCUUGUUUCUUUUUCAAAGCUUGUAAAAGUUACCUGUCAGUGUGGAAGCUCUGUCAGCCGCAUAAUUGCUUGGGGCUUCCCGUUGUGAAUUGUCUUGAUCUUUAUUGCAAUUCUAAGCGGCAAUACUGAGCAGAAAUGAUUUUUUUUCUGCGUAUGCGCACAAUCUCCAGCUGCACAUUUCCUCUAGAAAUGACCUGUGACUUACAGCCGAUGAUUGUCAGGAGAGGUCAAAUGCAGGUCAGCCGUCACGUAACAGCUCAGUCAGUACAGAUUAAUUUAGACCAGAACCUAGUUGUGUACCAGGACCAGGUUUGAAAACAAAUGGUCUAAAUGAUUGAACAAGAUAUAGGUAGAGGGAGUAUUUGAAGCUGGCAAAGAAAGUUAAUUUUUAUUAGUCUCAUUAUAUCUCCCUUUCAACUUUCACUAUUCUGGUGAGAUGGUCAAACCAACCCGAUGCUGCUCCUUGGCUGGUUUGUCAUGUAUUAAUCCACAUACGCACAGUGUGGUCUUUUGCUAGUAUGUCAAGCUGUUUACAACUUGAUCAGUUUACCUGCUUGUAAUUGGCUGAAGAUGAGCCUUCACCUCCUGUCCCUGACCACCCCCGGGUGAGUUAGUCCAGUUAUUUCGGGCUAAAUAGUUUCUGGUCUCAGUUUCUCCUCUGGUGGCCCUUACAUAAAUGAAGCCUUUGUGUGGGUGACAUUCACAAUGACCUGUUAUCUUUAGGUCAUAAUCGAAAGCCUUUUAUAAGGUUGCAGUAAAAGCUGCAGGAACCGAGAAGUCCUUGAGAACUGGCAUUACUUUGAACACGAAGGAUGAACAACUACGAAUACUGCCAUGUAGUUUCCUAACCCUAGUAAAUUCUGUCUGUCUGAAUACAUAUAGCUAUUUAUGUAAAUAUUUCCUCAUGUGUGGCAUGCUGUUGUUUUAAGUGAAAGUCGGAGUGAGAGAGCAGGCCCUCAUUGCCACUGGUUUGCCCUGCUGUAGUUGUCGCCUGUGUAAGGGCACCCAACACUACAUUAUAAAUACCACUGGCACACUCGUUUCCACCCGCAGUUCCUGUAGCGAGAUCAGGAGCCAGCAACUACAGACAGUUGCAUGGCACGUGGCACUAUGGAACGUCUUUUUAAACAAAGCCGUUCGCUUUUACUUCACAAGGCAAUUGGAACUGUGACAGUGCUCGUGCUGAGUGGAACAUGGAAACAUUUCAAAGGCGUACCUGUUGGCUGACAAUGCAAGACAAUGAUGAAUGCGUGCUUUUGUAUAUAAAUAUUCUAUAUUUAUAGAGAGAGAUAAUGUAAGCAUACGUGCACUUAGCAGCUGAAAGUACUCGCUCUUGAAAGGUGCUUGCAGGUGGCAAGAGUCCAGCGUUUGUGAGUGAGAGUUGGCAGGUCCAAAGACCUUACCUUACUCGAUGUCUCUCCCCUGCCAAGGAGGUGUUUAACGGUACCCUGUUUCACCUCUGAAUCGGGCUGCUGCUCGGUUCUGAUGGUUUACUCACUUGAUUUAAUUUGUCAGUUUUCAUUUCGUUAGUGUUUUGGAAACUUUGUUACUGUAAUUUAGAGUAGUUUUUUUUUUUGGUUACUCCGUUGCUGUUAACGAGAUGGGGUCAAACGCUCACUUCCAAAGAUCUGGUGUUUGCUCAGCUUUGUCACUGUAACAAUAUUGGUGUUGCC